GCACACGUAUCUUAUGGGAUUGUAGUAGAAGUGCUGAGUGGGGGUUGUUGCACUUUUGGUUCAGUAUGGGUGUAUUAACUUUAAGAAUAUUAAGGUUCUCUUUGGUGAUCCUCCUUUCUGGUGUUCAUGGUUUUAUGUGGAGUGUUUCGUGUUACAACUCUGAUAGCAAUGGAGGUUCUUCUGGAAUUGCUUUGGAUGCUGGUCCUCUAAUGCAGGAUGAUGUCAAACGACAGAUUUUCAACAGCUGGUAUGGUGCUAAGAAUGUUGCUUCCAAUGCCAUAAACCGAAACACUCCGACUAAUUCUUCAGGAACACUGAUUACAAGUGGAUCUAAUCGGAGCAGUGAAUCUGUUCUUAAACCAAUGCUUCUUGUUAUGGGGAGUCCCGUUGUGCAGCAAGUAGUACCGGUGAGUGGACAGUCCAUGACCCAGUCCAGCAGCCAAAUAGUUCUGCCCAUUGUGCAGCAGCUCUCACUGGUUGCCCCCCAACCCAACAGACAACAAAUUGCUCAGGCUAGUUCUGAAGCCAUGACCCAGGCCAGCAGCCAGCAGCUAACACAGGCUAGUUACCAGUCCUUGACCCUGUCUGACAACCAGCAGUCUCACUCCCAGCCCAGUAGCCAACAACCUGUCCAUGUGGUCUCUGGAACCAUUGUUCAACCCAGUAAUCAGCAGUCAGUGCUGACGAGUUCUCAGCCCAACAGCCCAGUUCUUUCACGGGUCAGUUUUCAAUCUGUGGCCAAACCCAUCGGCCAGCAAACUGCACAAGCCAGCUACCAGUCUGUCCAGGCAAGUGCCCAGCAACUGCCACAGGCUGGAUACCAAUCUGUUGCUCAAGCUGGUGGUCUUGUAAAGCCCCAUAGGUUUGAAGUUUCCCAAAUUGUUUCAAGGCUUUUCCCAUGUACCAGGCCUGUCCAGAAUGAAAGUGUAGGGUUUUUCAAACCGGGAAUGCCUAACAGUGAAUCUGUAGUUAAUCCUGUAUCACUCAAUCUCCAAGCCUUUGCUCAAGCUCCUAGUGAACAACUUGGCCAGUCCAGUUACCAGUCUGUUGCUGAGGUUAGCAGCCAACAAUCCUCACAAGCUAGUGGUGCACCAGCAGUACAAGCCAGCUACCAGUCUGUGAGUGAGGUCAGUGGCCAGCAACCAUUGCAGGCUAGUUACCAGUCAGUUGUACAAACCAGUGGCCUGUCUGAAGCCCAGCACAUUGGCCACCACUCUGCUGCCCAAUCCAAUAGCCAGCAGAUACCAUAUAUAAGCUACCAAUCUGUUUCUCAGGUUAGUGGACAACAACCAGUACAGGGCCUUUACCAGUCAGUGGCUCAGUCUAGUAGCCAUCAUACAGCACAACGCACUGAUGUGCAACCAGUAGAGGCCAGCCAUGAGUCUGCUGAACAAUCCAGUAGCCAACAGUUACAACAGACAAGCUACCAGUCAGUUAACCAAUCCAGCAGCCAGCAAUUAGCACAAGCUAGCUCCUUAUCAGUGGUUCAGUCCAGCAGCCAACAACCAGCCCAAGCUGGCCAUCUUUCAGUGGCACAUUCCAGCAGCCAGCGACCAGCAAAAGCUAGCUAUCCAUCAGUGGUUCCAUCCAGCAGCUUUCAAGUGGCACAAGCAAGCUCCCUUGCAAUGGCCCAGACAGACAGCCAGCAAUUAGCCCCUUCUAGCUAUUCUUCAGUGGUACAGUCCAGCAGCCAGCAACCUGCACAAGCUGCUUUCGAGUCUGUAUCCCAACCAACUGGUCAGAAACCAGCACUAGGCAGGUAUCCAUCAAUAGCCAAGCCUGUUGUCCAGCAACCUGCCGAAGAAAAUGUGCAGCCUCAAGGUGGAGAACUUUUUCAGAUUGGCACCAAGCUGUAUUCAUGCUACGAGGUUGUUUCACAGUCUGGUUUUGACCAGUAUGGAUUGCAUUCAGGACAGUCCAGAUAUCCGCAUCCAUCCAGGCUCAGCUCUCCACCUAGUUCACAACCAGCAGUGCAAUCCAGAUACCAGGCUCUAGUCAAACCUGGGCCGUCCAGUUAUGGGUCUGCCUUGUCACCCAGCCACCAGGUCUCUGCCAGUUCAUUGCAAUCUGGUUUCAUGCCAAAGCCCUCACAAUCUAACUACGAGCUUUCAGCCCAGCAGGAACAACCAAGCUCUCUGCCAUUUGUUAGGCCUGGACAGCCAAGGUGUGCUUCUACAUUACUGCGCACUGACUAGGCCUCAACAGGGGCAUCUAACCACCAUGCUCUAGCAAAACCAGACCAAGAUGCGUACCAGCCUUUGUUGGUUAAACCAGUGCAACCAAACUACAUGCCCCCCAAUUAGAAUUGAACGUCCUAGCUACCUGCCUCAAUCUCCCCAGCCACCAACCUGAAGCACAGCCCGGUUUCUUUUCCGCAGCGAAGCCAAUGCAGUCAAGAUACCAGGCACAGUCAAGUAAUGAGUCUGCAUCUCUGUCAGCGCUGACUGGAUACAGUGCUUCAAUGCCAGAGCAGUCAAGUUCCCAUUCUCAAU